AUGGCGAAAUGCAUUUCGCUUGAAAAGUCAACCUCCUGCUCCGCCUUCAAUGUCUCUUCUAUCUCGACCGACAGCUCUCUUGUCGAUAACUACCCGUUUCUUCAAUACGUUUCCAAUGUCGACGACUUUGACAAGCAAUUGACCGACUACGUCCAAGGCGACUAUGUCAAGUCCAAAUACGAGACCCUCUUAGGCUGUUCCAAAGUCAAUCUAACUAACACAAGCGACUACUAUGCUCGGUACACGACCAGCGUCAUCUGUAAUGGCAUUGUGCAGAACUCAAAAACCCUUUGUGGGCUGAAUGAUGAGCAGUCGACCCCUCUCUGCGCCGAUACAUGUGCCCUGUACGCUACUAGCGAGGAGGAAAUCACUGUCAACAACCAAACCUGUGACUCCACAAUUUCCACUUAUAUGAACCAGGUCCGCGCCGACUUUACAAACUGUGCCUUGCCCGCUGAUUCCCUGUCUGGCUCGUGCAUUGUCGGUGAACAAAACGAACCUAAUGAGUGCGGAUUCAGCUCCAACCUCGUGGGAUUAUGCAGCUACUGCGGAACUAGCUCUCCCAACGCAACCGACUCCUGCUGCAUCAAUUCCAACGCGACCACUCGCUGUUCCAACGUCCAUCUCCCCACAACCUCUUCUAUGCCCGCCCUCUUCACAGUCACCGCAACGGCAACAGCCGCCGCGUCGAAAUCGGACAACUCAGGUCUUUCCGGUGGCCAAAUAGCUGGUAUAGUGAUAGGAUCAGUUGCCGGACUCGCUCUCCUCGCCGGUCUAGCGUUUCUUAUCUUCAUUUGUUUGCGAAGGCGCCGUGAAUCGACGAAUGAUAGUGUCUUCAAUCAGCCAAACCCAAGUAGGAGAGGAAAUCAACCAAUGCAAAUGGCUGCUUCUAUUCCUCCUAAGCCGAGCUUCGAACCUGUGCCCGGUGGCCGUGUCGCAAGGAUGUCAGCUCUCCAAGACGAACCCGACGACAUGGAUCGUCGCAGCUCUACUACCAGAGGGGCAUUCCCCGUAGGUGGCGCCAAGUACAGCGACACUUCCGACUCAGAGGGUCUGCUGUCUAGCCCAGAGGCUCGCUCUCGGAGGCAUCCACCAAAGGCAGGCAGACGUCAUGGCUCUCUUUCCAGCACGUCUGUCCUCGGUGACAGUUCUCCUCAAUCCGGUACAGUCGGCCAGUUAUCAUCUCCCGAAGGUGUCGGCAGCGGCCAAUCCGAACAGCUACCCUACUUCCGAGACUACUACUCGCAAGACGACAUCCAUCCAAAUGAGAAGGUUUCGGUGCUAUGGGCCUACCAACCUCGUGCAGCAGACGAAUUUGAUCUGGACCGCGGCGACAUGCUCAAGAUUGUCGGCAUUUGGGAUGAUGGCUGGGCAACUGGUGUUAGAAUCAACGAGCGAGCCGAAGAAUUUGACGAAACACACAACGCCCAGCGCGACAGUGGCGUUUCCAAUGGGUCAAGAGGAGAUUCAAACUCACCGCCUUCGGCUCGAGGAGAGAUCAAAGCAUUUCCCCUUGUUUGCGUCUGCCUUCCACAGCAUUGGAGGAAGAUUAUUGACGGCGACCUGCAUGAGGCUGUCUCUCCAUAG